CAGAGAGCCCUGAGAAAACGGAUAGCAUUUUGCUCUAUCUACUUCAAUGGCGAGCUCUGUUUCCUUUUUCUCUUCUUCAAUCUUUCUCUCUUCAUCGCCCCAAAACUCCAAAUCUCUUGUGUCAUCUUUUAGGCCUCUCUCAAUUGCACCUCAAAAGCCCAUCUCUCGAAGCAUUCGCUCUGAACUAGCCACCAUUCCAAUACUGUCUUUUGACGGUUCCAAAAUCGGCGAGACUUCUCUCAACUUGAAAUCGGCGCCUUCAGAAACUGCUCGAGCUGUCGUCCACAGAGGAAUCAUUACCGAUCUUCGGAACAAGCGUCGGGGUACGGCCUCAACCCUCACCCGCGCGGAGGUCCGUGGUGGUGGUAUAAAACCUUAUCCUCAAAAGAAAACAGGUCGCGCUCGCCGUGGUUCGCAGAGGACGCCCCUGAGGCCUGGUGGUGGUGUCAUUUUUGGCCCCAAACCUCGCGAUUGGAGUAUUAAGAUCAAUCGGAAGGAGAAGCGGCUGGCGAUAUCAACUGCACUGUCGAGCGCUACUGUGAAUACUAUAGUGGUGGAAGAUUUUGGUGAUAAAUUUGAUAAACCGAAGACAAAGGAGUUCAUUGCGGCUUUGAAGAGGUGGGGGCUUGAACCAUCUGAGAAAUGUAUGUUCUUGUUCAAGGAGGUGCCGGAGAAUGUAGGGCUUUCUGGAAGGAACAUUAGGACCUUGAAAAUGCUGACUCCUCGGACGUUGAACUUGUUCGACAUCUUGAAUGCAGAUAAGGUAGUCUUGACGAAAGAGACUGUAGAUUACUUGAAUGGGAGAUAUGGGUUGGAGGAUGAGGAUGAAGAUGAAGAGGAAGAACAAGAAGAAGAAGAGGAGGGGGAAGCCGAGGAAGGAAUAGGUGAGGGUGAACCCAAUGAUGAUUAGCUGAAGAUGAACCUUUUUAUUUUAUUUGUCUAAUCACAACUGUUUUCAUAAUCAAAUUAGCUAUUGAUGUUUUGGUACUCUCUAUGUUCUUAUCUGUAUCUUUAUCAUGAUUAAUUGAUUAAGCUUCUUUUUUGUUA